CGGGAAGGGCGCGGGGCUGUGUGGCCGUUGGCCCCGCCCUACCGUAAUGGGCGGUAACGCUGUCGCAGGCCCCGCCCUACCGUAAUUGACGGGAUGUGCGACACGGGCCUCUCCUAGCUGGGCCGUGCUGGAGCGGGUUUGGGCUGGCUCUCCUGACGGACCGUCCAGCCCGAGCGCUUCAUAAGCACCCUGGGCUACGAGCUCCCCCACAACUCACGGAUUGAACGAACCGGGAUUGGCUCUGGAGGUGGACGCUGUCAUGCCAUGCUCGUUUCAAGCUUCUGCCCUCCGGCACGUUCUUGUAAUGAUUGGAUCGGCCCUCCUGACAGAUAUUCAAACCUCCGGCCAAUAAUAUUUUAUGUUCCUAAAAAUGAAUCAUCACUGGAACAAAGACUUAGGGAAUUUAGACAAGAAACUCAAAUGUGGAAUCAACAAUUCUGGGCAAACCAGAAUGUGUCAUUCCAGCAGGGAAAAGAAGAAUUCAUUUAUUCAAGACUGAAAGCUAAAGGUCUGCAAACAAGAGAUGAAACAGGUCACAAAAUAACACUGAAUGCAGAAGAAAUGGCUGACUUUUACAAGGAGUUUUUAAGUAAAAAUUUUAAAAAGCAUAUGUGUUAUAACAGAGAUUGGUAUAAACGUAAUUUUACUAUCACGUUCCUCAUGGGACAAGUGGCACUUGAAAGAGCUUUGAGGAGGCUUGGAUGGAAAGAGACAAACAAUGGAAACUAAAGCUCACCACCCUAUGGAAAAUACAACAAUAUAGUGAAGCCUGUCCACAUGCUGUCUGUCAUUCAAAAUCUAAACUGCUAAGAUAGUCAUUAUCAAGAUUUAUGUUUAUCUUAAAUAUUAGGCCACAUAAAUGAGAAUUAUUCUUGCUCUUGAAUUUAUAGCUAUUGUUCACAUGUAUAUUCCCGUUUAAUAUCCCCAAAUCUGGCCAACAAAUAACUAUAUUGGCUACUUACCAGCAGCCCCAGAGACCACACUGAAUUUGCAUUUUAGAUGCACUUGGUUAACUAUUUUCUCAUACUAGUUAAUGUAGAGGUAUGUUUGAAUGAAGAGAUCAGUGCAAUUUGUGAUUAUACGUUGAAUCAGCCCAUCUUAGAAUGAUCGAAAUACUGCUUUUCUUCUUUUUAAGUAAGCCUUGAUUUAAUACUCCCAUAAAUGACCAAAACAAUAGUCUUCUAAAUCUCAUUUUUGUCUUUAACAGAGUAAAAUACAUCAAGUAAGCAAUUUGUCCCUGUUGUCAGAACUCAUUUACCAGCCAUGAGGGAAAGAGAGAGGAAUGUCUGCCUGGCUGUAAGUGAGGUAAACAGUGUUAGUAACUAGUAACAGCCAUAUCUGUUAUCUACAUAGUAGAAGUUUGAUGUUCUCAGUAGCUUCCUUGGAUGCACAGAAGUCCUUUUUAGCUUGAGAGGGAGUUUUGAUCCUGCACGCACACACACACUCUCUCUCUCUCUCUCUCUCUACAUUGUAAUUGUACCAUUCAUACAUGGUUUGAAAGAGAUGAUAUUGCAGUGAAUGUGUGCCCUGUCCACUUAUCCAGCUGAACAGAUGGAUCCUUGCUAUGAUGCCUGAGAAAUUGAUUUUGCUGAAUUUGUCUGUGUACUUGAACAAAAGUGUGCAUUUAAAGCUCCCUACCUCUGCUAAAUUGCUCUCCUUAGGCACCACCUGCUCACAGUUCCCUAAAGGCCAGUGACCCGGCUACAGUGCCUUCUUGUCUGGUUGCUCUUGGAAUUCAGCAGGUUUAGAUCUGUAGAAAGAAAGGGCAAUGUCUCUGUAAAGCAUCCUUUCCCAGUAUUCAUUCAGACCCUCUGAAAACUACAUUCAUUGUGCUUUUCAGACUCUUUGAAAAUAGCUGUAGAGGCCAUAGCUCACUGCUCCAGCCCUCAAGAUAUUUUGAAAUCUGCACAAUGAUCUGGAUGUUCAGGGCAUCCAUGGAUUUGGAGGGUGACGUUCCAAAUUAUCACCAUAAUGCUUGAUAGAGUGACAAGUUGGAAACUUGGGGGUUUCUAUGUUACUUAAUUAAGUCCCAGAAUUUUCUGUUUAUGAGCAUGAUUCAGGCCUAUGCUGCUUUAUUGUAGAAGUGAAUCAUUAGAUAUGUGUAGUACAGCCUCAAAACUGCAAUAAAUAUGUGCAAUAUGGCCUCAAAACUGCUCCAGUUGGUAUAGAUGACUGGCUAAAUUAAUAAUUAAUUUAUAAGCUGCAACUUCAAGAACCGUAGUGCAAUAUGUUUCAAUAAUGUGAUCUUACAUACAUUCACACACAAACUUAAAUACCCAAGUGAACCAUCCUAUACUGGGCUUUUUAUUUCUGGCAGCACUGUAAGGAAGUGUCAACCAUUUGCUCAUUCUCCGUCUGGUAUGAUAGAGGUUUUUGUCUGGGUCAUAAUUACCAAACUCAUUUCACAUAGACACACCCCUAAAACAGCUUUCAGAUGUUGGCACUUUCAAUCACUGCCUCCCUGGAACAGAAUUAAACCAGCAUUCUCGGGGGAAUGCUUUGGUUUUAUAAGUAGCAGACCAACUGUUACUGACACAUUUUCUUUUGUUGAAAAAUAUGUAGUCAGUUGUGACUGACUGGGGCAACUGGAUUUGUGUCUGGGCUAAUAUUUUUUUAAUGCUUUUUACAUUAGUGAACUUCAAAUUGUCACUGAUUUGUGCUGGUAAACUUUAUUGAUAGAUUUAUUUUCAUUUCAAUUACUGUAGUUGCCAAUGUGUUAUUCUUUUCUUUCCCAUUAAACUGACAUACCUUUACAGCAUUGAUAUACAAUUGGAAUUGACCCUGUUAUAUGUUUGUUAAAAUAUGUUUGAAAUGCCCUAUUUUUAAAUAUAUAUAUUUUUCUGAAAUAAAGCAUCAAAUGUGCAUA